AUGAAUGUGGAUCAUUCUCAAGAUCGUUCUCAAGAUCGUUCUCAAGAUCGUUCUCAAGAUCGUUCUCAAGAUCGUUCUCAAGAUCGUUCUCAAGAUCGUUCGCAAGAUCGUUCUCAAGAUCGUUCUCAAGAUCGUUCUCAAGAUCGUUCUCAAGAUCGUUCUCAAGAUCGUUCUCAAGAUCGUUCGCAAGAUCGUUCUCAAGAUCGUUCUCAAGAUCGUUCUCAAGAUCGUUCUCAAGAUCGUUCUCAAGAUCGUUCUCAAGAUCGUUCUCAAGAUCGUUCUCAAGAUCGUUCUCAAGAUCGUUCUCAAGAUCGUUCGCAAGAUCGUUCUCAAGAUCGUUCUCAAGACCGUUCUCAAGAUCGUUCUCAAGAUCGUUCUCAAGACCGUUCUCAAGACCGUUGUCAAGUUCAUAACACUUAA